GAUGCUAAAGAGUCCUGAUGCGACUUCACCAUGGGAUGGUAAUUAUGUUGCAGAAAAAUAUCGCAAUAUUAUUCGGGACGUUAUUGGGCAGCUUCCUGAAUUGAUGAAAAAAGGUGAAAGUUGUCCUGACGAUUUGACACUAGUUGAUCACAUAUGCAUCGAUCGUAAGUCUUAUCGAGCACAUAUCAAAGACAUUCCAAAUUCAUCCAAUACAGAGAAUUUGACAACUUAUAGGAGCAAAUUGAGAUCUUUGGUUAAGAGCAUACUUGAGGGGAUGAUAAUACAAGCGUGGAGGGGGAAAAUACAAGAGUGGAGCUGACACACUUUUAUUUCAUGGUUGACGAACCAAAGGUGGCUUUAGAUGAUUUAUGGCAUCAUCCUCUACUCAUGUCGCCUAAUGAGAGAUAUUAUUUCCCCAUUCUUGCCCACAUCACACUUCAAAAUAAGAAAAGGGGUGUUUGGAAGGAUAAAUACGGCCCAAGCGAGAGCAUUGACAUUAAAACAACGAUUGCAAAGUCCAAAUUUGAUACAGUUUUUAAGGACUUCUAUGAGAAAGCUAAAUAUGAGGAUAAUGCACUGGGAGUGCAUAAGUACUCAAGAGACAUAAGCGAUCAUUUCCAACAACAAAAUAGUUUGAAAAAGGUUGUGGAAGAGGAGCUUACUUCAUUGUUCCCCGAACGACUCACAUAUUUAUAUGAUUUCUUAUAUGGCAGUGGUAUUAGCAUGCAGUUCUUAAUAAAGAGGAGAGCAGAAUCUGGAUGAUCAUCAAGUGCAUCUGAUCCUAGCUUAAAGAGGCAGCACCAAAAAGAAGUUUCAAGCUUGUUCCAACUAAUUUUGUGUAAUGUAUGUUUGUGGUAGUAUUUAUAAAUUGGAUUUUAGUCGAUAUUGUAUGUACA